GCAGCCGCGUCGGGUGAGCGUCUGGCGAGAGAGAGGCGGCAACACUCCCUGGCCGAGAAAGAUGUCGUCGCCAACGCCGCCUGAGGGAGGGGAAUCUCCGCGAGGCCCGCCUGUGGGCGCGAGGCAGCGGUGGGCGACGGGCCGGGCUGGGGCUCCCGCUGGGCUGGCUGCGAGGCCCGGCGUCGAUGCGGCCCGGCGGGGGCUGAAGGUUCGCAACGCGCUCACCGCUCUUGGCAUCGGAGCCGUGGUCGCGGCCAUUUAUGGCUACACCUUUUAUUCUGUCUCCCAAGAGCGCUUCCUGGAUGAGUUAGAACUGGAGGCUGAAGUUGUGCGGGCUCGAGCAGCAAAGACCCCAACGGACUGAGGUUGGCAGAAUACUUGACAGAAAUGAGCCGCUACAGUAGAUGCACAGGUUUACAAUUGGACUGUCUCUACUCUUAAUGCCAGUUGAAGACAUGUUGGCACAAUGCCUCAUCUUAAGAAAACUGGUCACUGCAUUUAUUGGUAAACCACUUUGCCAUGGCUAAUAUGUGAAAGCUAAUCAUGGCUAACAUAUGAAUAGUUAAUCCUUCUAACUAUUUAAUGUGAAUCAAUAAACCAGCUCAGUGGAGGAUGA